AUGAAAUUUAUUAAGAAAAGCUUGAAAUAUUAGAGACUUUAACUGUAAUAUUUGAUAGGGCAUUCUUAGGUAGUGUUAGAACAAGAAAAUAAAUUGUUUUGGGCUUUAUGCGAAUUUAUUAGGAUGUUUUAGACCAUAGCCUUAGUUUUGUUAUAUCAGUAAAUAAUUCGAAUGUUGAAUACAAAUUAAAAAUUUUUAGAACCAUCAUACACUUAAGAUAAGAUAGAAUUAAUAAGCAGAAUAACUAUGCCAACGAUAUUAAUUCUAGAAUAUUUAUCAUUAGAACAGAUAAUAUAUUUCCAGUUGAUAUUUUUGGCUUUUCUUUUUCUUAUGUUGUUGAUCAAUGUACUUGCCUUAAGAAUGGAAUAUCUUCAUUUUAAAGAGAUGAAAUUUUAAAACAAAAAGCAAUUUUGCAAGACAGAUGGAAGUAGUUUUUGUAUAAUUAUUUUUUGUUAUUAUUUAGAAUCUCUCAAUUUAUUAAACAGCACUUACAAUGACAACGAUUUUAUUGAACAUUUUUUGUUAAAAUAAUUAAUGAUAACAGAUAAUGGUUCAUUAAUUGAAAUGUAUUUGUAUAGGACAUCUGUGCUAACUAAUUAUUUUACUCAUAUCUUAUUUUUGCCAUAAAUUUAUUGGAUAGCAAUAAUAUUCUAUAGAAUAUUUACAUCAUCUGACUACUAAGUUGCUUUAUUUGCUUUAAAUUUUACUCUUAAUUCUAUUCAAUUAUUUUUUUUAAUAAUUUUAGAAGCAUUAUCAUUAUAUAUGCAACAAUCCUAUAGAUUGAAAGAUACUAAUUAUUUACGAUUAAGAGUCACAACAUCUUUUAAAAUAGGAUAAAUUUUAAGGAUUGUACCUACGGUAUUAUAUUUUAGUGUUUUGUAUUUUAUGGAUCAUGAUAAAAUAUAUGACAAUUAAAUAUUUUAAUAAGUAAUAAGUUGUUUUGUACUUUUGAAUCUAUUGUUUGAUUUAUAGGAUUAAUCACAAAAUGUUCCUUUUGUUUAGCCAUUCAAAAUAUACGUCUUUCAUUUUGCCUUUUCAUUCACUUUUGGAAUUAUUUUUACAAAGUUGUUGCAAUUUUCUAUAACAGACACCAUAACAUUAACUCUAAUGAGUAUGCCUUGUAUAUGUAAAAUGCUUAAUCAAUUGACUGAUUACCAUUUCAAAAAUAUUGUUAUGAAAACAUUACGUGCAGAAAAUAUGCCUUUAAAAUAAAAUGUCCUAAAAAGAAAUUCAUAAACCAUAACAAAAUCUAUGGCUAUUAAUGAUGAAGCUCAUUAGAUUGAAAGGUUGAUUUGGAUGCAGAAGAUUGAAUAAGUGAAUACUAUUAGAUUUAGUAAUAACAAAUAUUUUUUACAAUUUGUACGUCUAUAUGAAUUGUAAGGUAUUUAAAAACAAUAAGCAUAUUGUCCUACUGAUGUAAUAAAUCCAAACUAAUCCAAAUUUUUAAUGCAGUGUAUUAUUUUAAUCAAAACUCAUAUUGAAUAAUGCAAUAAUCUCUAUUGCUUUUGUAGAGGAUUUAUGGGUGAAAAAAAAUAGGGUUUGGAAUUAAAUUUAAAAAAUCAGUAAAUGAAAAUAUUUUCUGACUAUUCUUAAUAAAACUUAUUAGUUUCAGUUGAUUUAAUUGAUAGAUAUAUUAGAUAUUACAUAAAACUGAUUUUGAAUAUCGAAAUUUAUGUUACCCAACCAAAUUUAACUUAUAUAACCUAAUUAAUUAGUUAUUUAGGUCAAUCAGAUGAAUGCUAUCAAACUUGGUUAUAAAUUAUGGAAGUGAAAUUAUAACUGUAAGAAUAAAAAAAGCCAAUCGAUCAUGUUGUUAUUAAUUUAAUGACUAGUUAUACAAAGUUUCUGACUCUUCAAAGAACAUAAUCACAUUUGGAUGAAUUUUAAAUAAAAAAAACCAUUUAAUAUGGAGAUUAUAGGAGUACUGAACAUUAAAGAAAUCAUUUCUUCAAUAAAUUAAUAGAAUGUUUAUAUAUGAAACAAAAUUAUUUAAUAAAAUUAAGUAGUAAUUAAUUGAAUUACGAAGAAGUUUAAAAAAUUUACAUUGAUUAAAAUAAAAUCCUUGAUAAAUUGUAAGGGAAUUUAAUGCAAUUUUAUAAAUAAUCUUAGUGUAGAACUUCAACGUUAUUAUUGAUGUUUUUUUACUUAGAAGUACGUUGUGAUUACUUUUCAUUUUAGCAAUUUAAAAAUGUAAAAUAUAUUUUAAUAUUUUAGAGUCUUAAAUCUAAAGAGAUUAAGUUUUUUGAAAUCUUAUAACUUUCUCAUUAAUCUUAAAUGGUAAGUUAUCUAAAGAUUAAUCUCUCUAGAUUUUCUAAAUAUAAAUGUAGAGGAGAGAUCUUAUCUCGUUCAGAUAAUUCAUAUAAUUUUUUUGGUUUUGAAAGCAUGGAUGAUUUUUGUAAUUAAAUUUAGACUGUUCACUAGUUAGUACCACCUUUAAUAUCUAAAGUACAUAAUACUAUAAUGGAACUAUUUUUAAUGAGUAGCAGGCCAAAUGUUUUGAGGUAGGAACGCCAUUUAAUAGCAUAAAAAGCAAAUCAAGAAAUUUUAUUUGUAGAAAUGUUUAUUGAUGUAUGUUUUACCAUUACUGCUACAUAAUUUCCUGUUUAUUGUUUCCUUUAAGAAUUGAAACCAAUUGGAAAAUUUGAAAAUAUUCGUGGUCAUAUAAUAAUUGAUGAUUAUGAAAUAAUUUAAGGUAUAAGCUCUUAUGCCUAUUAAUCUUUUUUUCUUGAUUCCACAUAGGAGAUUUGCAAUAAAGAAAUCUCUAAAUUUUAUAGUGACUUCAAUGAAAAUGUUUAAAAGCUUAAUUUGAUGAUGGAUUCAAAAACAGUGCGUUAAAAACAGAAAAAAACAUAAUUAAUGCAUAGUCCUGUAAUUAAGCGAUAGAAGAUGAAUAAAUCAGUUUAUAAUCACUAUAAAUUAAGAUUGGAAGAUCAAUUAUUUGUUAUUAAUUCAUAGAAUAAGUUUCUUAUAGAUUUAACAUUGACUCUAACUUAUGGAAUAGUCAAUACUAAAAUUUCUAAAGUAUAAUUAUUGAUUUAAUUUAUAAUUUAUAUAGUUUUACAUAAUAGAGUUUAAUAAGGUGCAUUAACUUGAGCUUACAGAUAACAAUCCUAGUGAUUAUUCUAUCAAUCUUUAAGAUAGUAUUAGGUAAUCUUCCAGAAAAACUGAUACUCUCUAAGAUAUUUAAGAAAAUGAGAAAGCAAGUAAUGAAUCUUCUAUUAGAAUGAACCAAUACUCUUUUCCUUAAAUUAAUGAACAAUGUAUUACUGAAUCUUAGAAUUAAAUAUAAUAAUUGAAUCAAGCUCCAUUUAAAUAAAGAAAAAGAUUGACUAUAAUAAAAGCAGAAAGAAAAUCAAAGUUUUUCUCUAACAAAGGUAAUGCUCGCAUAUCAAAUUCAGAUAAUUAAAUGAAUAAUGAAUAUUACUCAAAUUAAGAUUAUUAGUCAGCAACUUCUUAAAAAUAAUAAUCUGAAGGAUCAAGAUAUCUCUUCAAAGGUGUCUAAUAUUAUGAAUUUUGUAAUUCAAACAAUGAGAAGAUAUUAUAUACUUUGCAUCUAAUUAAUGCAUUAAUCUUUGUUAUUAUUAUAACAUUCUUGCUCAUGUAUUUACUAAAAUACAGAUCACAGUGUGAAAUUAUAAUUCCAACUUUUGAAAUCUUAAAAGCAUUUACAUCCACAAAUUAUGUUGAUAGUGUCUAAUUAUCUUUAAUUUUAAAUAGUCCAAAUACUCAAUAAAUAGGUCUAUUUCAUUAACAUUUGAAUCGUCUUGUAAGAGAACAUUCAUUAAGCUUUAUAGAUUAACAAAAAAAUUAUUUAUUAAAAUCCCAAAUAUAAGAUGUAUUGAUAAAUACAAGAAGUUAAUAACAAAAUUAGAAUUAAAUAGAUGUUUUAUAUAUGACUUUUACGAUAUUGUAUGAUUAAUUAGAUUUUGUUCAGAAUCAAAAUUUGAUUUCAUUUGAUGAAGUACCUACUUUCGUUAAUCUGCUCAAAGAAUUUCAAACAUAUAAAUUGGUUUAUCAAGAGAUUAAUUAACAAUUAAGAGAGUAGGUUUAAGCAUCAAUUAAUAAUUUUAAUGAUUCUUAACGUAGUCUUAUAUUUGCUUUUGUUUUUUUAAGCAUUAUUGUUUCAUUUGUAUCAUUAUUUGCCUAUUAUAAUUAUUUUAAAUAUUUAAAGAAAAUUACUAGAUGCAGUGAAUAAGUUUCUGUAGACUGUAUUGAUAGAGAAGUCAAUUAUUGUAUUAACAUAAUAAAUAAUAAAUAAGUAAGAUAUUUUUUAAUUAAUAGUAACUUAAUAUUUAUGAGCUUAAAAUGGAUUUUACAUAAACUUAAGAAAACUAAACUCAUUAUUCAAGUUUUAAACCAUUAAACAAUACUGGUUUAUAGAAAAUUAAGAGAUAUUUAAAUUUAAAAGAUGUCAUCACAAUAAAACGAACACUAAACUUUCUUUAUCCUUUACUAUGUUUAGCUUUCGUUUUAAUUUAUCUCCUAUUAACAUAUUUUGAUACUCUUUAAGAAAUGUAAACAUUAUUAGUUAAUAUUGAAAUUUACAAUUAAAGUAUUCAAUAUUUAGAAUCAUUUUCUAUUUUGUGUCAGAGUAGCAUGGUCAAUGAAAAUAAGAAUUAUUUAAUAAAUAAUAACUAUCUAACAACCUAGUAAUUACAAGAGUAUUACAACUAAAUUGAUUCUUCAUUAACCGAUCUAUAAGAAUCAAGUAAAAUUAUUUAUAUUAUUUGUAGGUUUCAGGAAUACUCUAAGUAACGAUUAAUUAUAAGUUAACAUUUGCAGCAUUCUGAUUGCAGAAAUAGAUAUUGAAGUCUGCGAAUAAUUGCAUCAAGGUUUAUUGUAGAAUGGAAUAUUGGAAUCAGUCCAGUAUUAUCUGAUACAUUAUAUGAACAAUUAUAUUUCUAAUUUAGAAAAUUUAAUUGAUUAUUCUACAUCAGAAGAUGCAAUAGCUAUAAGUUUCAUAAUAAAAGGAAUAAAUAAUUUUGUGGAUUAAUAAAAAUUAGAUUUAGAAAAUUUUAUCAAUCAUAAUUAAAAUAAUAAAUUGGAUUGGUUUAUUUUUAUAAUUUCAAUAGCCAUAGUUCUUUAAAUUACAUUAUGGCUUAUUUAAUCUUGGAAUCUAUAAUAAAAAUUAAGAUUAUUAAAGAAGUUUGUGUUUUUAUUACCCAGAACUAGUUUAUAUAUGAAUGAUAGUUUUUUGAAGACACUAAAUUAUGUUUAAAGACAUUAAAAUGAUAUAUGUUAAUGA